UACACAUAACCCCUUCUUCACUUGGCGAACAACACAACAAGCACUGUGCGACCAGUCUGCCUUCAGAUAGACCACUGUGGAGCACAGACUAUGUAGCUGACUGGACUCUGUUUGGAGCUUUCAAAUAAUCUGAACAGCACCUUGAAAAGAGGAGGUGAAGGUGUAACCAUGUGGAUCCCGACACCCAGCAUGACUAUCCCUCAGCGGAUGGUGCUAUAUGGGACGUGUGUUGUGGCGUUGAUGAACUCCGUGGGCCUUCUGGUGCUCCUGGUCCAGCAGAAUCAGCAACGUGCCUGGCUGGAGCAGACAGAGGCGAGGCUGACGGAGGUGGAGCAAAGCUCGGUGGUGGAGUUCCUCCAGGAGGUGCCAGCGGGAGCGGCGGGGGUGCGAAGGAAAGCGGGGGAAGAUCCGCAACACCAAUAUCAAUACCAGUACUCCAGGAGUAAGAGGAGCGACGAGCUGGAGAAGGAGCUGCAGCAGCAGCCGCGGGAGCUUCACCGGGAGGAGGGACGGGAGCUCUAUCAGCAGGAGGCCAGCCAGGAGGUGGGAGAGGAAACAGAGAAGAAGAUGAAGCAUGAGCCGAAGCACAAGUUCCGACACAGCCAGAGCUACCACAAGGCGCAUGUGCAGGACGACAUGAUGACGAUGAUGACUUACUCCAUGGUCCCGAUCAAAUUGUUGAUCGACAUUUGCAACAGCACCAAAGGAGUCUGCAUAGCUGGACCUCCAGGACCGCCUGGUUUGCCUGGUGCUGACGGUUUGCCUGGCCACAAUGGGACUGAUGGCAUGCCAGGACUGAAUGGACUGCCUGGGGCUGAUGGGAAAAGAGGAAAAAAAGGGCCGCCAGGUGAGAAAGGAGAACCGGGUGAAAAAGGGGAGCAAGGAGAGCCUGGUCCGCCUGGAGAGAAGGGACAACCAUCUAAUGACGUCCUUAUUGAGGGUCCUCCUGGGCCUCCAGGACCUCCUGGGCCCAUGGGCCCUCCUGGACCUCCUGGUCCUCAAGGUCCUCCCAGAACAAGGCAUCACAGAGCCCACCUUCACGCUGCUCAGACCCUGGGGCUGUUACACGCAGUUCCAAAUGAUGAAACUUCAUCUGUGAAGGAGGCCGUGAAACUACACAAGAAGCCUGCCAAGAAGAACGAGUGCCUGAUUAGGUCUCUGAUCAACCCCAGGAAUGUGACAAAGAUGGAGAGCACAUUUGGCACAUGGAUGAAAGACACCGCUCAGCUGAACGAUGAGCGAAUAUGGGUGGCAGAACACUUUUCCGGUCGUGUGGUGAAGGUGUAUAAAAGCAUCGCCUCCUUCCAGAAUAACAACAGUGACACUGUGGAUGUUAGAAAGUUCUAUCAGGGCUGUGGCCACACAGUUCACAAUGGUUCCUUCUAUUAUCAUGUUGCUGGUACGUCCAGCAUUGCCAGAUUUGACUUUCACACCAAGAGGCUUCACACUCUCACUAUAGACAACGCUUUGUACCACAACCUUGCCUACCUGCUCCACAACUCCAAGACCUACUUCAAACUCGCAACAGAUGAGAAUGGCUUGUGGCUGAUCUUUGCCUCCAGUGUAGAUGAGAGCAUCAUGGUGGCCCAGCUGGACCAGAAGACCUUUUCCGUCACGUCCUACAUAAACACCACCUACCCCUGCACCAAGGCCGGCAACGCCUUCAUUGCCUGUGGUGUCCUGUAUGUCACCGACACCAAGGACACCAGAGUCACCUUUGCUUAUGACCUGCUAAAGGGGAAGCCGGUCAAUAUGACCUUUGACCUGAGGUCUCCGGGGGGAGUGCUGGCAAUGCUCUCCUACAGCCCAAAGGACAGACACCUGUAUGUGUGGGACCACAGCUACAUAAGGGUCUAUGUGGUCCACUUCAUAUCUGAUGAGUGAAAAACACAGUCUGAAGAUGACAGACGACAUACAGACAUGCCUGCUGACUACUCCACGUAGAUGAAAUGUAUUCACUCCAUUCACUAUUCACUCCAUCUUUCAAAAUGGGUCGUACUUAGGUUUUCCAGAGAGAGGUGUACACAUCACAGUCUAAGCUUUAUCCCCCUGUCGGAUGUUUUAGUUGGCUGUUAAGAAUCACAGUUUUUCUCAAGGUAAUCAGUGUUUGGUCAAUAAUUGUGAUAUUGUCAAAAAUAAAGACUGCUGUAUUUAUAUCCUAUUUUCAACGUAUAUGUGAGAUUUUGGAGUUACUAACGGUGUGAAAUCAUUUGGUAUCAAACAGUUCACUUUUGUGUCCAUCUGUGUUGUAAGUUGUUAAAUUAUUUUGUGUGCUUGCAUGGCAGUUAUCUUUCAUGUAUUUUUAUACAGAUGUACAUGUGACCCCCCCCCAAAUAUAUUCUGUACAUAGAGGCAGUCCACUUGCCUUUGUAGUGAAGCAGCAUGGUCCCUGGUUACUUAUUCCUCUUGACAGAAAAUUAAGAAAACAGUGCUAAAUCACCCUGAUGAAAUAAAAAGAAUUUAUUCACUUUACAAAGGUAAAACUCUGACCAUGACCUGUUCUCUCACACACCUUCAGGCUCAAGUGCCCUAGUAAGUGUCUAUCCAUGAUAUCGACUUCUUUUGCAUUAUGACACAGACACACACACACACACACACACACACACACACACACAC